UGUGAACGAUUGGCACUCGGUCGGAUCCAGCCGGUCCAUCAACGUUGUUGCUUCCGUUGUUCCGGCCUUCAGUUACAAUCCAGUUGUAAAAUUGCAUCUUUGUUGUCGUGUUGGUCAGAGAGGAAAUUGUCUCUACAGUAGGGUAGGCCUACCUCACUUCUUUUGUCACUGUGUUGACUUGUCGUAACUGGACCGUGAGUUUAUACGACUUCAGUAUGCAUAGAAAUCGUCAGGGAGGAAGGGACAGAAGUGGAGGACGGAAUUUCAGAGGGGCCAUGGGCCCUGUCGGCUUUGGCGACGGCCUUCUCGGAGAAGGGCCGCCUGUCGGAGGCGGGUCUCUGUACAACGAACAACUGGCCAACCAGAACCAGAUGAAUCAGCUGAUGCUGGCCCAGACUCUGUUACAGCAGCAGGCCCUGGCCGCUGGCGCCGGUUUUGGUGGUGGUGCCAACAGCGCCGACUUGUCCGCUAUGUCGGAUCUGGGCGGCAUGGGAGGCUUCGGUGGCGGACUGGGAAAAAUGCAGUUCCUGCAGAGUCAGGGUGGCUACGGUGGAGGAGGAGGGGGGGGAGGAGGAGGAGGCGGGUUGAUCUCUGACCGCAAGCGGAUGGCCAGCCGAGGGCGAGACCGCGGGUACGACGUGAAGCGACGCCGACAUGAUUCGUAUGGGCGAAGUGGCGAUCGGGAAAGAUCUGGUAACCGAGAUGGCGGCCGAGGUGGGGAGGGGAGGGAUCGGAACCGAUCCAGUCGAUGGGAUACAGGUCGGGAUGCUUCUGGCGGAAAUGACUACGACCCUGCGGAGCCGACGGAAGACGAUGACGGGCACCGAGACAAGGACAGCAACCUGUACUGCCACGUGUGCAACGUGUCGGUGUAUGACGACGAGAGCUUCCGCCGCCAUCUCAACGGGACCAAGCACCAGCAGCGCAUGAACAACGUGCUGACCGUGCACCAGAUGAAGUCGAACCAGCUCAAGUCUCGGCUCAAAGCAGAGGAGCAUCUGAGGAAAAUUGAGGGGCGAGAAGGACGAGAUGCUGAGUUCUUCUGCAAGAUCUGCAACAACGACCUGACAGUUCCGUGGAAGUACCACAGUGUGUCCCACAUUCACAGGCAACGCUUGCUGCAGGUGCGCAGAGGCUGUGGGUGGUGCAACGUUCACGACUUCAACAACUUCACUGAAGUCUUGGAGCACCGUGAGACGGACCAGCACAAGAAAAAUGCAGAGCUCUACGGCAAAAAAGAUGACAAGAAAGGGUCACGCCCAAGGAAUGAUGACCGAAAUGCUGAGUGGCACAGAUCGUCCAAGACUUCGUCCCAAUAUGAGAAGAAGGGAAACGGUAAAAUGCAGAAGAAGACAAAGCCAGAAGAGGAAGUGGUGGUGAUUCCAGAAUAUGACCCCCAAACUCCAAUUGGUCAGAACUACGUGGUUCCUGUGACCGGAUUCUUCUGCAAACUUUGCCACAAGUUUUACUGCAACGAGAAGUCGGCCAAGGUUACUCACUGUCAGAGCGAGGCGCACUAUGAAAAAGUCAAGGCGGCACUGGAGGCUAAGAAUGCUGCUAUUGAAAAGAGAAAGGCCGAAACGGAAGCGAAGAAAGCUGCGGAGAAGGCGGAAAAGAAAGGAAGCAAGGGGGACAAGAGCGAGAAGACGGAUACUUCAGAUGCCCCUGAAGAUGGUGUGGAGGUGGAGGAGGAGGAGGAGGGAGGAGAAGAAGAGGAGGAGGAGGAGGGAGGAGAAGAAGAGGAGGAGGAGGAAGAAGACUACGACAGUGCCUUGGCCCCGGGCGAUGCUAAGGGAGAGGAAGAGGGGGAUGAGUUUGACGACAAGGAACUGUCUGACGACGAGGCCAUGGACGACGGCGAUCAGGAAGGAGGGUCUUUCCUGGACGAGACGGGAGCCAACUCCAGCUUUGACUUCCUGUCCGGUGACAUGGCCCAGGCACACCUAGAGCUGCAGCGGCAAGAAGAGCUGUUACAGCAGCCGCAGCAGGGGCAGGAGGAGGAGGAGGAGGUCGAGCAGGGAGAAGAAAAUGGCAGCAUCUCGGCGAGCGAGGAAGCUGAAGCUCCAUCGGGAGUUGAUGGUGCAGAGGCUGAGGCUCACUUGGAGGGAGAGGUAGAGGCCACAGUGGAGGAAGGAGAGCCAGAGACAACAGAGCCAGCGACGACAGAGCCCGUGGAACCUGCUGAGCCAGCCAAGCCCGAAAAGGUGGAAGUCGUAAAGGAGGAGGUCGUAAAGGAGAAGGUCGUAAAUGCGGAGUCCGCGGAGGUGGAGCCCGUAGUGGCAGAGCCUGUAGAGGCAGAGCCCAUAGAGGCAGAGCCCGUAGAGGCAGAGCCUGUAGAGCCGCCAGUUGUGGUCAAGGCCACGCCCGCCAAGGCCCGCGGCACUGCCCGCAGAGGGAGGGGACGUGGGAAGGCCAAGAAGUAAACGUGGGUGGGGUGUGGAGAAGAGAAGUGUACGUGCGCGGUGGAGAGGGAGAUGUGUACGUGCGCGGUGGAGAGGGAGAAGUGUACGUGCGCGGUGGAGAGGGAGAAGUGUUCGCGCGGUGGAGAGGGAGAAGUGUACGUGCGCGGUGGAGAGGGAGAAGUGUUCGCGCGGUGGAGAGGGAGAUGUGUACGUGCGCGGUGGAGAGGGAGAAGUGUUCGCGCGGUGGUGCCCUGAGAAGUGACUGUGGUGGUGCACUGACAUGUAAACGUGGUGCUCCAAGAAGCAAACGCGGUGCACUCUAAGAUGUGGAGAUGGUGGUGCGCUGUCUAUUUAGUCUUAAUGACACAUGUCCUCCGAUUUUUGUUGUCCUCCGUCACUGAACAAUUUUUGCUCUUGUUGUUUUGUAUAAUAUAAUCUACAUCAUUCUUUUUGGGGUGGGCGGCGCCACUGGAUCCCACUCCCUUUCUUUCCUUACGUUGUUUUUUUACGGUUCGUCUUACACUUUUCCCUAAUCGACUACAAAGCACUAAAUGACUAUUAUUUUUUCAGCCGUUUUGGGGGGGGGGGGGGGGGCAGGGGGUGUCAAAAUGAGAGUUCUUUUGUUGUUGAAAACAAUGUGAAAAGAUGUCAGCAUGUAGUCUGGGUCUGUGUUCGUUAUGUGGGUGUCGCUGAGAAAGUUUGUUCCUCACAGGCUACAUCUGCCGCAUGUUCUAAUAGAAUGUUGAGUAUGGAGCAGGGGGGCAAAGGGUUGUUUUUUACUCUCAGUCAUGAAAGUAAGAUUGAUAAAAGAGUCUUUUUUGUUAUUUUUAAAUUUUUACCAUUGUGGUUGACUUGCAUCUGUGGUGUAGUGGGUGGGCGUUUCGGGGUCGCACGUGGGAGACUUGAGUUCAAUUCCCUUGUGGGGGAGAAUAAAAAAAAAAAUCAAGUAUCUCCAUCAUUCUGUUGGGAUGCCGUGUCCUUCUCAGCCCUCGUUGGCUCUUACGGGCGGGGUCAGAGCAGCCUUCUUUCUAAAUGACCUAAAAUUGUGUCGAUGUGUGCGGGGGAGAAACUUCUGUAAUGGCUUUGUUGUUUCCCACUGUUGUUGAAAA